GCCAGGCAACUGCUGAGCGUGACACUUUAAAGCUUUCUGUCAGUUAGCUAGCAUUAGCCAGUUAGCUAGCUUUAGCAUUAUAGCACCUUUAGGAUCAUGUGAAGUUACUUCAUGUUUGUAGUAAUACGUUAAUAAAUUAAUAAAGUAAUAAAUGAAUGUGUACAGAUAGUUGGCAAACACCAACAAAUCCCCGGGGUCCGUGGUAUCUAGACGACAAGAACACAACACUGCUGGCGCGAAGUCUCCAGCUCUUACAAGCCUUCUCCACGUCUGAGGGGCACAAAUAGGAGCAAUAAUGGAGGAGGAAGGCGAACUGAGCGAAGAUGUAGUGUGGAAGUGUCUGUCCAGCCUGGGACUGUCCGGCACGGGGCUGCAGCAUGUCUACCAGUGUCUGUCUGUGUCUAGACAGAAUUUGAAAAAUGUAUCCAUUUUGUGCAAUUAUGUUCAUCUUCAAAAACUUGAACUUCCCUACAACAAAAUAAGAGAUUUAUCCUGUGUGAGUCACAUGCCCUAUCUCAUCAUUCUCGACGCUUCUCACAAUGAACUCUCAGACUUCUUCGGGUUUGAACCACCAAAGAAUCUGAAGGAAGUGAAUUUCUCUCACAACCAUCUAUCAGUGAUGAAGGAUCUGUCUACAUAUACUUCUCUGAGCAAGCUGAAUCUCGACUAUAACUCCUUUAGCGAAAUCAGGGGUCUGGAGAAGUGCAGCAAUCUGAUCCACCUCAGCAUAGCCCACAACAAGAUCUCCCACAUCAGCGGCCUGGACAAACUGCCUCUUAGACACCUCUCUUUGAGAGGCAAUUUGAUAAAGAAGAUAGAGAAUCUACAGACACUUUGGGCGCUGCAGUUUCUGGAUUUGUCCUACAACAGAAUCCAAAGUCUCUCUGGACUUCAAAACCUCCACCUCCUCGGGAGCAUCAAUCUCGAAAGUAAUCUGAUUAGCGAGAUCAAGGAGACCAAACAUCUGCAUGACCUUCUGCUGCUGAGAGAACUGAACCUUCAGAGAAACCCAGUGCAGGAGAAACCUGAACACAGACUGGCAGUUAUCUUCCUUCUCCAGCACCUCACCCAUCUGGAUGAGCAGGCCGUUACGGCCCAGGAAAAGGUUUCUGCUGUGAAUAAGUACGAUCCGCCCCAGGAGGUUGUGGCUGCCCGAGACCACAUGACCCAUGUGGUGUUUCAGCACAUGCAGCCCCAGGUCAUAUUUGACAGCACUUUGCCCAAUCUGGAGACCCCCUACCCGAUACUGGUCCUUACUGGUCCACAGGCGUGUGGGAAGAGGGAGAUUGCCCAUAAGCUGUGUCAGGAAUUCAGCCACUAUUUUGCCUAUGGUGCUUCUCACACAACCAGGGGACCGUACUUUGGGGAAGAAGAUUGCUUUGACUAUCACUUUGUCCUGGAUGAAGAAUUUCAAAACAUGAUUCAUAUGGGUAACUUUGUCCAGACGAUUCAGUAUGGAGGCCACUGGUAUGGUUUGUCUCGGGAGGCUAUCGAGAGCGUUGCAAGAGAGGGUCUGGCUUGCUGUGUUCAUAUGGAGCUGGAGGGUGUGUACAGUAUGAAACAUUCAUACUUCGAGCCCAGAUACAUCUUGCUGAUCCCUACCAGAACAGAUGAGUACAUUUCUCGCAUGAAGGCCCGUGGUCUCUACAGUAAACGUCAGAUAGACACAGCUGUGUCCCGGAUCAACCUCUAUGUCAGAGUCAACAAAGAGCAGCCUGGCUUCUUCGACAGUGUGAUACCCUGUGACAACCGUGAAGAGGCUUACAGCACUCUGAGGCAGCUAGUACAAGAGUACCUGGGUCUAGAAGAGCAGGGGACAGAAGUAGGAGACAGCACCAGAACCAUACCUGACCACACCCCUACAGAUAUGUCUAGCAAGUAUCAGAUGACUGAAAAUGCGGAAGCCAACCCCACAGACUCCUACAACAGAAACUACAGGAGCAAAGUUCAGGCCUGUCUGAGUCCUCAGAAAACCUCAGCAGAACUGGCCUCCAUCCACAGGAGACAGCAGAUGGUUGGAGAAGCCCUGAUGGGCAGGAGUCCUGGUGCUUACACACAGCUCUUUAAGAGACAUGUUCCUAUAGCUCCUUCGUUAGUAGCCCCUCAGACGCACCCGGGCCAUUCUUCUUCCCUCAUCCCCACCUUUGGCUGCCCUCUACCUGACCUCAGUGACGACAGCAGCUCAGAGGAAUCUCGUGCCAGUUCUGGCCUGUCCAUGCAUAGUUCGGCGGGGGUUCUCUCAGUGAGAAGCCCAGCUGCGGGCUUGGACACGGGGUCAGGCCCAAGGGCAGAGCCCUUGGGUGUAUCCAUGUUGGGACAAAACCUGGAAUCACUCAAAGAUGUCACAGAGACGGGUCUGACCCCGGAUGCUCCCCAUCUGGGCCCUGAGCAGGUGUCUCCGACGCUGGCCACCUCCACGGGCCGACCGGGCUCCAGAGCCAGGCCCGUUCUGCCACCCAUCCCUACUGGGCGCAAAGCCACCGAUACUGGUCCCAGGCCAUAACUUGACAUUGAGAGCCAGAUGAAACCAGUGUACCAGAAAUCCAGUGUCCAGAGAGGCUUGAACCGAAGUUAAUGUGAUUGAAGUGCUAAUGUUAUUAUACGGUUAUUUGAUCUAAAGCUGAUCUAAAUGGAACCAAAGUAAAGCCAAAUUCUUCUGAAUUUGAUCAUCCAUUUAUCACCCAUUAAUGCUUCACCUAGCAUGACCUUUUGACCUCUCUGCACCUUCGCUGGAAUGUGAGUUAUCUGAGAUCCCAGCGGCUGAUAAAAGAUCAGAGAAAAAUUACACUGAUUAAUGGUAGUAUAAAAGUGAAAUAGAAAGAUUAAUGUAAUAAUCUGAGCUCAAUGCCCAUUUAGUGGAGACUUUUCUUGGCCCACAAUGAAAACAAAAUGAAUACAAACAAACAAAUUACUAAUAAUGCAAACAAAGUGAUGUGUAAACUGUAUUGCAUUUUGUUUAACCUGUUUGUUACCUUACAAUACCUACAAAGAUUAAAAAAACAAUUGAACCCUUGAAACAAUUGAAAAAAAUGACCCCGAGAUCUACUGAACACACCUGCUGUCAUAUUUAGGUAUUUGUUUGACAGAUGGCCAGGUGUGUGUAUUUGUCUGUACUCACACACACACACAGAAAUACACACACCUGGCCAUCUGUCAGUAUUAUACCUUUAGGCCAGAAUCAGUUAUAAUGAUCAGAGGCAGUUUCAAACAAGACAGUUCCAGUCUUACACCAUCUACACAGUCUUGCAACACCUUCACAGUCUUUUGUGUGUUUGUGCUCCUGUGUGUAUGUGCACGCAUGUGUUUGUUCCUAUGUGUGUAUACGUGUGUGUAUGUGUGUAUUUGUUCCUGUGUGUGUAUGCGUGUGUGUUUUUGCCUGUUUCAGUGAGAAGGCUCUUACUUCAAACACGUCCUAUGUGAAAGCAUGUUUACAGAUUAAACACAGUCCUGUGCUGAUGUUCCCAAUCAAGCACUUCACACUUUAUUUCCUCAUUCUCCUCAAUGUUAGUCAGUAGUGCAUGUUGCUAAUGGCUGCACCUCGUCUGAAGGAUUCAGGCGCAUAGACAGCAUGUGGACUUGAUAGCUGCACAGAAAAAAUCUAAGAACUUCAUCGUAUAUCAGAGUGGUUUGACAUUACAACUAAAGUUUUCACAAGAACUGCAAAUACACCAGAUGUUUUCACCUCUAGGAACAUAUGAGAUUUUGUUCUAUUUUUAGAAGAGCCAUACACUACAAAAUAAACACCAACUAUUAAUCUCUGCCAUUGAAAACACAGGAUUUAAAUGUCAGUGUAUCAUCUUGGUCUUUGGUAGUGUUGGACAUGCAUAGACUUGCAGUGUGUGAACGUCACACUGGAGCCAUGCAAAGGUUCAGCUAUUGUCAAACCACUGAUCCAUGUCAGCCCUCACAGGAAGCAAGUGUGUCUGAAGAUGUUGAUGCUGUUUCAAUCCUUGAAGUGUAACUUUCCAUUCAAUUUAUUAAGAAAAUGUGCUAUUUUUUAAUAA